AUGCCUUUCACGGAGACAGUUCGUCUGAAAUUAUACUGGAAUACUACUUAUACAACUGAACCUGAUGGGACUAUCACGGUACAGCGGGAUGCGCCGGACGGUUAUCUUAUUAUUGAUCGUAUGUUAGAUUUCUCGGAACUUGUUGAUAAGGAUAUUGGUGCCAGCACUAGUGGUGGUAGAACAGUUGAAGACAAUGAAGAUGGAGAUGAAGAUGGAGAUGAAGAUGAAGAUAAAGAUGAAAAUGCAGAUGAAGAUGAAGAUGAAGAUGGCGGGGGUGUCGAAAGCAGUGAUGAUGAGUACGUCCCAUCGAAUGAGGACUCAGAUGACGACACUGAUUUUGAGUCAUCUUCUUCAGUCCCAUAUGUUUUCGACGACAUAAGUGGAUGGGACAAGACUUUAGAGGAAGUAGAUUGUGAUGGGAUUAAAAUGUGGGAUGGCAAUCCGUUGACGCUAGGCCUUGAUAUACAUUUCGCCAACAAGCCUGAGGCACAAGCGGCAGUUGGAGAAUGGAACUUGGUACAUGGUCGGACUUUCCGGGUGAAAACGAGCUCUAAACGAACAUGGUAUGACGAAUGCGAGACGUAUGGACCCAAAUAUCCGAAAGAGCAUCUUCACAGCUAUGAUUGUCUGUGGAAGGUGCGAGUUUCGCUACAGAAGGCCACCGAUACUUGGAAAAUGGUGACUGUUCUACCUCCUAAGCCAAUGAAAAUGUAUGAAGAGGCCGGGAAGAAAUCAUUGAGGCAAAAGGUCAACCGGUUUAGCAAGAGAAACCAGAAGUACGAAGUGGUUACAAUAGCACCUGAUAAUCAACCAUGGAAGGCUGAGGAGAAGCAAGUUGUGCUGUAUGCAAAUCGAGAGUGCACUUGCGGAAGGUGGCAGACUUUCAGAUUUCCUUGUUCCCAUGCACUUCGAGUUGCCCGUGAGCUAGGUGACGAUCCCUUGCCACUUUUUGAUCCAUGUUACACUAUGCAUCAAUGGUACCAGCAGUUUUCUGGAGAAUUCAACCCAAUCAUGGAACCAUGGCCAAAGGCAACGUGGCAGAUCAGGCCAGAUGACACUAAACUUGUCCAUCAUGCUGGCCGAGGUCGGAAGCGUGUGAAUCGGAAAAAAGGUGUGAUGGAUUAUAUAAGCAAAUCGCCGCGAAGACUCCAAACUUGCGGUUUAUCCUAUUUGGAGAGGAUGUUUGGAUUUAGGUUCCAGACAGAGGAGUCUAGAUUGACGAGCGUUUCCAUCACUGAAAUAAAGACUCACAUAGAGAAUAAUCCUUUGAUGGACCUGUCCCCUGACGAUGCACACCUACAGCGAGCCCGUUGUUUUGUUGGAUGGCUCGUUGGCGGAUUACUGUUCUCAAACACUACGAGAAACAGUUUUCCUCUUGAUCUUGUGCAUUUUCUUCAUACUCCCAAGAUUUGCUCGGAGUACAGUUGGGGUAGUGCGGCACUAUGUUACUUGUACCGCAGCAUGUCCAAGUCAUCUCUGGCCGCUUCUGCGAAGGCUAUUACCGGCUGUGUGAUUCUUCUUCAGCUCUGGGCCUGGGAGCGGAUUUUGACGGUUCAGCCCAAGAUACUGGGUGGGGAUCUCGAUCUAUCUCAUUGUGCAUUAGGCACGAGGUGGUCCCGCGAGAAAAAAGUUCAAGGCGAGAUUGCUCAGGUUGCUGAGCGGGCGUUGUCCGUCAAUGCAACAAAUGUUGUACGUCACGAUCUCGAUAGGCAUGUUGAGAGUUCGCUAGAUGGCCAGUCGAUACAUUACACGAGUAACUUUCUUUCGAGUAUGUUCGAGGGUGUUGCGGGUCAGCAUCAGGCUGAUGACCCAGCUGAGGGUGAGCGUGAGAGUCAGGGUGAAGAUGAGGCUGAGGAUGAGGCUGAGGAUGCAGACCAGGAUGAUCAGUUUGAGGGUCAGGGUUAUCAGCGCCAUGAGGAGCAAGGAUCGAGUCAGACUCUAGGGACUCCGCCGUUGGCUGUGAGUAAAGGCCAGAGAGUGACGAAGGAGCCCGAUAGAUUGACUUAUAGCCUUUUUCGGGCUAAAAAGCCCAAGAAGAAGUCGAGUACUAGAUUUCUUAUGUAG